AUGUCUGAGACGGCUCCAGCUGAGACCGCGGCCCCCGCGCCGGUGGAGAAGUCUCCCGCCAAGAAGAAGGCGACCAAGAAGGCGGCGGGUGGCGGCGCGGCCAAACGCAAGGCGGCGGGACCCCCGGUGUCCGAGCUGAUCACCAAGGCGGUGGCCGCGUCUAAGGAGCGCAAUGGCCUGUCCCUGGCCGCGCUCAAGAAGGCGCUCGCCGCGGGGGGCUACGACGUGGAAAAGAACAACAGCCGCAUCAAGCUGGGGCUCAAGAGCCUGGUGAGCAAGGGCACCCUGGUGCAGACCAAGGGCACCGGCGCCUCGGGCUCCUUCAAGCUCAACAAGAAGGCGGCCUCCGGCGACGCCAAGCCCAAGGCCAAGAAGGCGGGCGCCUCCAAGGCCAAGAAGCCCGCCGGCGCCACCCCGAAGAAACCCAAGAAGGCGGCGGCAGCGAAGAAGACCGUCAAGAAGACCCCGAAGAAGGCCAAGAAGCCCGCGGCUGCCGGCGUCAAGAAGGUGACCAAGAGCCCCAAGAAGGUGAAGGCUGCCGCCAAGCCCAAGAAGGCGGCCAAGAGCCCGGCCAAGCCCAAGGCGGUGAAGCCCAAAGCGGCCAAACCCAAGGCGGCCAAGCCCAAGACGGCCAAGCCCAAAGCCGCAAAGGCAAAGAAGACCGCGGCCAAGAAGAAGUAG